UUCUGAGAGCACAUCAUCUGUCUGUGCACACAUGUGGGCAGAGGAAAGCAGAUUCCGUUUUAAGCAACUUCUGUGACUUGACUGGCUGGUGAUCCCGCCUCCUUUAAAACCCCUCCAAACAGGAAAUGAGACGUGAAUGGCAAGGGGUGGCAGCAGAGGGGCAGUUCUGUGGGAUGGUGUCGCUGUGUUCGGGUAAUCAGCGAGGAGUGAGGAUGAGCUGCUGGAGGGAGUAAGGCAGCGGAGUGCAGGAAGCUCCUACCCCACUCGCUGUGGCAGCUCCUAGCGUUUGUCCUGAUGGUGCGUUCGGUGAGGCAAAACAGGGCUGGUCGACGAGUGGCAACAGCACAGGUGUGAAAGACUCAAACUCAUCUCUCUUCCCAAGCGUGAUCUGAUGAAUCAUAAUGGCUACAGAAACAAGCAAUAUUCAGAGGAGUUACUCCAUUAUUCCAUGCUUCAUAUUUGUAGAGCUUGUCAUAAUGGCUGGGACCGUGCUGCUCGCCUAUUAUUUUGAGUGCACAGACACCUUCAAGGUGCAUAUCCAGGGGUUCUUCUGCCAAGACGGUGACUUAAUGAAGCCAUACCCAGGACCAGAAGACGACAGCUUCAUCUCACCACUUGUCCUGUACUGUGUGCUGGCAGCUACUCCAACCAUCAUUAUAUUCAUUGGUGAGAUAUCGAUGUAUUUUAUAAAAUCAACAAGAGAAAACCUCCUCAAUCAAGAGAAGACCAUCGUAACAGGAGACUGUUGUUAUUUGAGUCCUCUUUUUCGAAGAGUAGUACGAUUUAUAGGUGUGUUCGCUUUUGGACUGUUUGCAACAGAUAUAUUUGCAAACGCGGGCCAAGUGGUCACAGGGAGCCUAACCCCGUAUUUUAUAACGGUUUGCAAACCCAAUUACACAGGAACAGAUUGCCGUUCCCGAUCCAGAUUCAUAACUAGUGAACGCAUCUGCACCGGGAACCCUGAAGUCAUUGCAAAUGCACGGAGAUCCUUUCCAUCUAAAGAUGCAUCUUUGAGCAUCUACUGUGCCUUGUACGCUACGAUGUACAUCACAAGCACAAUAAAGACCAAAAGCAGCAGGUUAGCCAAACCAGUGUUAUGCUUGGGGGCUCUGUGUGCUGCUUUUUUAACAGGAUUGAACAGAGUAUCUGAAUAUCGCAAUCAUUGCUCCGAUGUGAUUGCAGGCUUUGUACUGGGCAGCACAGUAGCAUUGUUUUUGGGAACGUGUGUCGUUCACAACUUCAAAGGAACACAGGCCACAUCUGUUAAACAAAAACCCGAGGAUCCACAUGGAGUGCCAUUGAUGACAUUCCCUCGGGUGGAAAGCCCACUUGAAACAUUGAGUGCACAGCAAAGUGGGAGACAUCGCCAAACCCCCCGAGAGAGGGUGUUUCGUCCCAGGGUCAUUUUCCAGGACCAGCCAGACACCCAACACACCAGGAGAAUCACUCUACUUCAAUGACAGAAGUAACUUGAAGAGAAAACCUUUCCUUCUAAAAAAAUUUAAAAUACAAAUUGGUACUUUUUUUAAAACUAAGUGUUAAACUAUGGAAAGUGCAACACAAGAACAUGUCUAGUUAGUAUCAGAUGUUUUGUACAUUUUGUAUGACAAUGGUGUUGUAGCUGACCUUGAUUUUUUUUUGCCUGUUCAGUAUAAUUAAGCAUUACAUGUAACGGUUUCUAAUUUCUUAUGUAAAUUCCAGUGAUGUUGUGGUAUUUGUACAAUAAAGUGUAUGGUCUGAUUUAUAGACACCCUA